AACUUUUCUGCCAGCAAAGCCUCAAAUUAAAUACUGUCGAUCAGCCAAUAUGGAAACUUUUACCUGCUGGUGGACCUCUCAGUCAGGCAACACAACUGAUUCCAUGAACAUUAACUAUACUCUCACCUAUACUGUGGGUUUUGGGCCAGUAAAUGAAUGCCCUGACUAUGUGACUGGUGGAAGUAAUAGCUGCUUCUUUGACAGUAGGCACACUCAAAUAUGGGAGGUCUAUUGUCUAAAUGUCAAAGCCUGGAACACUUUUGGAUCUCAGACUUCUGAUGAAUAUUGUCUAGAUGUGGCUGAUGCAGUUGAACCAGACCCACCUGUGAAUAUCUCAUACAAAAUUACAAAUGACAGCUUUGGAGAAUCGGGGAAGACAGUGGUCAUAACCUGGCAGGCUCCUGAGACAGCUGAUGUAGACAUUGGAUGGCUCACAUUAAUUUAUGAGCUGCAAUUUCGACUGUCAUCUGAGCCUGAAGAGUGGAAGGAAAAGGGUAUUCUACGGGAACCAUGCAUGGAAUUAAUAGAUCUUCCAUCAGGAAAUUACAUGGUGAGAGUCCGCUGCAAAUCAAAAAAUUCUGGUCGCUGGAGCAAAUGGAGCAGACCAAUUACAAUGGUCAUACCAUCUGAAAAAUCAAAAGGCACAUUGCUGGCCUUAAAUCUGACAAUUGGAAUAAGCAUAACUGCAAUAGUCGUUAUUGGACUUGGUGGGGCUUUUCAUGGAAAAAGGAUUAAAGCCUUUGUCUUACCUUCAAUUCCUAAACCAAGAAUCAGUGGGAUUGAUCCACUUCUUUUGAAGAGAAGCAAUAUGGAAGAAAUCGAUCAUUUCUUCAGUUCCUUCCUUGGAUAUAUCUCUCCACACUAUCUCAAGGAACAGCAGUUUGAUAUCAGCCUGGAAGAAAGCUUCACUUCUGUGGAUUUCGAUAGUGAACUGGAGAUUGAAUGUGCAAAAGAUAGUUUUGGAAGUGUUUCAGUUGGAAAGGAGGAAAAAGAAUCCAAACGUAUACCAAAGCUGGAAAAUUCAGAUUAUGUUGAGGAGCAGAAGAUGGAAACAAGCUUGAAUAAUAAUAGUGACACUGAGAAGAAUCUCAGUCAGAAUGCUGGAAAUGUGCAAAAUCUAAAGUUAUUUUCUGGUUCUGAUGUACAAUACACCAUUUCUUCUUGCCUAUUAAAAGACAGUGGAAAUCAAGAUUUAUAUACCUUUGUUAAUGCAGUGUGCAGCACUGGGACAGUUUAUCUCCUUCCUUGCUUAGCAAGCCAUGAACAGCCGUUGAGUUCCAGUAGUAAACCAGAGAGUGAGGAGAAGCAGGAGUCUGAAUUGUACCGGGUGCAAAACCCUGUCCCAUCCAGUCCUACAAGCACUCCCAAUGUGGGAAAACAGAGAAUGGCAGCAACAGACAGCUCUACUGUGGAGGAGGCGCCUGAGAACUUAAAAUACACAACAGUGGAAGCUUUACACUUAUUUCAUGAGAUGGAGUCAGAUGAGGACUGUCCCACUGAGAUGAGUCGUGUGGAGGUCAAGUAAAUGUGAUAAAUAUUUUUAUAGUCUUGGUAUAUCUGAGAUGCAGGAGUUUCUAUAAUCUGACUCUCAGAGAGCAUUUCAGCCUGCUUAUUUAACUCAAUUCUAACUUUCAUGUCAGGUUCCAAAGGCUCCAUGUCCUUACGAGUAUGGACACACAUCAUUAUAAAUAGAUCUUGCACAGCCUGAUGUUCAUUUUUAUUUUCAUUAACUUUAAACAAAGAAGCUACUCAAAUGAUUAUUGUGAUUAAGAAUUAUCUUUAUGCAUCUUACGUUCUCUCAGUUUAUUUACACAUCUAGAAGCUAAUGUAAUUUAUUCUUAAAUGAUGAAGUUAUCUGCGGUUGAUGGCAUAUUUAUACAAAGCAAAAUACAGAAGAAUACUGAACAAAAAGAAAAUUAAUGUGAUGAAAUAAUAAUUAGUAAUGUAAUGCGAAUAAGGUAUGAAUUAGAGUGGAAUAACUGAGCUGGAAAGUGGUUUCAUCAAGAAAUAUUGGUAAUAAUGUAAGAACCAUUCUUUGAACCUGCUUAUGGGGAUCUGAGAGUAUCCUGGCAUCAGUGGCCAUAAAGAUGAAGUAAUGAGAUUGGGUGCCAUUUUCUUGCAAAGCACAUUUAU